CGAUGAUGGGGGGUUGUUGGGGAGAGUGCCAGCGGAAAAGGAAAGGUCGGUAACCCAAAAGACACUUGGGAAUUGGGAAUUGGGAUUGUACCAAAAAAAGGUCACUUCGGAAAUUUGAGAACCCUAGGGCCUCUACACCUUCUUUUGACAAUUCGUUGGGAGGAUUAAUAAUUUGAUUGAUUACUGAUUACGCAGUGUUGACGGUUGAGUGUGAUUAAUAAUAAUUUGGUUGCAGCGUCACUCCUCAGCCACCGGCACCGCAAUGGAUGGUGGAGCUUGGCAACCUCGGGGUUAUGGUCCUGGGCGUGUGAACCAUCCUACUCCUACCGCUUCACCACCUCCGGUUGUGGGAGAUGAACAAUCUUCUGUGAGUGGCAGUCGCAGUAAUUCUAGGGUUACUAAAGAUGGAAGAAAAAUUUGGCAGCAAAAGUCAGGAUCACCUCAUCCUGAUUGUAGUGGAAUGUCUCACUCUCACUCUCAUGAGGAUAAUGAUGAUGAUGAUGAUGAUAAUAAUAAUUCACAAACGAUCACUACUAGCAUUAGCCAUGGAAUGGGAACACAAACAGAGAAGGAGCCACCCUUUGAUAUUUGCCCCCCUAAACAAGGCGGAGGAACGGUUGUUUUGAAAGCUCCUUUGCUUGUAAAGAACAGAGAAAUAAGGAAACAAAUGAAAGGCUGCAGUAGCAGUAAUAAAGGAUCUGUUUUGAGGCCUGGGAUGGUCCUAUUGAAGGGUUACAUUUCCUUAAGCGAUCAGGUCAAGAUAGUGAAAAAAUGCAGGAAUUUGGGGUUGGGUUGUGGAGGAUUCUACCAGCCUGGUUAUGUUGAAGGGACAAAACUGCAUUUGAAGAUGAUGUGUCUCGGCAAAAACUGGGAUCCUCAGACAAGUCAAUAUGGACACCUACGCCCUUCUGAUGGAGCAGAGCCACCCGACAUUCCUGUUGAAUUCCAUGACUUAAUUCAGAAAGCAAUCGGGGAUUCCAAUGUUCUCAUUCAACAACAUUCUAAAACCACUAAUCCACACAACAUACUUCCCUCCAUGUCAUCCGACAUUUGUAUUGUCAAUUUCUACUCACAAAAUGGCCGACUAGGUCUUCAUCAGGACAAGGAUGAAAGUGUAGAAAGUCUUCGACAAGGCUUGCCAGUGGUAUCCUUCUCUAUUGGAGACUCAGCAGACUUUUUGUAUGGUGAUGAGAGGGAUGUUGACAAGGCACAAAAAGUUGUACUAGAAUCAGGAGAUGUUUUGAUCUUUGCCGGAAAGUCUAGAAAUAUAUUUCAUGGCGUAACUGCUAUUCAUUCAAUGACUGCCCCCAAGCUCCUGCUCGAAGAAACUAAUCUACGCCCUGGCCGAUUGAAUCUUACUUUCAGACAGUAUUAAAAACGCCUUUGCUAUAUAUAUGCUUUCAAUUGUUUCUGUUCUAACUACCAUAGUGUGCUACCUAUCUAUCUUGUAAGCAAGGUUGCACAAUGUCAUAUGCUAUUUGGGGGUUGUAAUGCUGUGCUAUUUUUGUAGCCAUUUUGGGUUUAGAUCUUGAAUUUCUCAGUCUGUAUAGUUUAUCAUUGCUUUCAAAAGCAAUCACUUUAAACCCCUUUUAAAUUCUGCUUUCUUCAGUUCCCAAAUUCUCUCCGUCGUGGAUCCCCUCCUUCCCUUAUUACUAGAAUUUUUCCAAUAUGCUUGGAUAAAUCAUUUUGUCAAUCACCAUGUAAGUUCUUCCUGGUGCUGUGCAUGUAUUGACUAUUAAGGAUU